AUGUUUCAGAAUUAUGACUGAAUUAAAACUAUAGAAAUACAAAAUGUCUUCUUCAGAAAGCAAGAUUAUGUUUCCCUCAACACCCGCUGAUAAAUUUAUUAGUUCGGACACAAACUCAACCCCAUCCGGUAAACAGAGUUCAGACACAAGCUCUGUACCUACAGAUCUAACAGUUUCAAGCACAGAUAAUCAGAAGGAUGUUGGGAGGCCAACGACAUCACUUAAUGAGGCUGGGAGGUCAAAUAAGACUCUUCAAGAGGCUGGGCGGUCAGUCAGAUCCCUUCAAGAUGAAAUUAAGCUGCUAAAUGUCGAACUUAGAAAGCGAGAUGUUCUUCUGGAGGUGAAGAAAACUGAGUAUGAGGUAGAGUUAAGAAAAGCAUUGCAGCAAGCUAUAGAUGCUGAAAAUGCUAGAAAAGCUGGAGAAGAGACUUGUAAACUUAGGAUGAACCUGCAGAGUAAAGAGAUGAGUAAGAUACAGAACGCUAUCUCUGAACAGCUCAGGGAGGUCACCCUUAGACAACAGCAACUGGAAGAGGUUAAUAAGAAAUUGCGAGAAAAAGCGGACGUAGCGAAGCAGCGUCUUGAAAACUUCCAGUACGAUGGGACCCGUUACAGUAAUCUACGAGAAAUGAAGUCUGCGGAUAUGAGUAUAUUUGAAUUUGCUGAACUUAUUAUCUACCGACACCUAGAACCUGAGAAGGAAUUGAGAAGGGGGUUGGAAGAGAACUAUUCAAAACUACAGUCCAGAUUUAGUGCUGCUACCGUUGAUAUCUCCGAGCUGAAGAAGAGGUUGGUUGAUGAGGAGAAGGAGAUGGUUCAGCUACGGACCAGGAAUAUCGAGGUAGAGAGAAUCAAGGAGACGGUUAAACAGAUUGAUGCUCUCAACCUCUCUUUGGAUCAGAAGGUGAGGGAGGAGGAGUUACUGAAGAAGACGAUGUUGGAGAGGUUGGAGAGCAAGGAGAGGGAGCUCAACAUCUACAAGAACAAGCUGGAAAAUCUUAACAAGGAUUACGAGAACUUUGCCUCUGAGAACAUGAGUUUGAACCAUACAAUUACUAUAAUGAAACAAGAGUUUAAUAAUAUCAGGUUUAAGUUUGAUUCCAUGGAGCAGAAGUCUGAGCAAGGGUUUAACACUAUAUCAGCGGUUCAUAAACAACUUCAGGAGAAGACUGUCGAAUUGUUGAAGGAGUUGUCUACCAGCAUCUUCCAGGGGAACCUGGACCAACAGUACAGGGACCAGUACCUGACAACCAUAGGGCAGCUUGUUAAAGAACAGAUCAGAACCCAGCAGUACAUAACAAGUGUAUCUACAGAGAGAGAUAAUCUGCAGACUGAGGUCAACAGACUGACUGACCGGCUAAAUAAAAUGCAGAUAGAUUCUGCCGAAAAUAGAGAAUUAAGAAGUAAAGAAGAGAAGAGAAUUUUGGCUUUUGAGUCUGAAAUAUCAAAUCUAAAACAAGAGCUUGAGUUUGAGAAGUCCCGGCUGGCUGGAGUAGGUCCGGUGGAUGUAAAAAAUACAAAAGAGUACAAAAUGCUUCUUAAGGACUUAAAACUUCUUCUUUCCCACAGGGAUGAGAUACAGGAUAUGAGAGCCCUGGUAUUGAAACUGCAGGAGAAAGAUUCCUGACAUACGAAUAUACAAGUUUUGAUCUAAACCCCAAAUCAGUUGAAAAGCAUUCUUAACUCUUUUUAGAGUUGAAUUAAGACCAAGUCCGUCCGUCUGGUGCUGUCGCCUGUGUUAAGAAUUAUGUUUGAUAUUUAAGCUAAAAUAGGUUUGAAAUUAGACUUUGUUUACAGAUUUGAUUAUCCAAUUAACAAACUUUUAUAACGACUAGAUCGACAUUUUUCUGAUGGCAGCUCUUUCAGUACAAUAAUUUAUUAAUUGAUUGUAAAAUAUUUGUACUUAUGUUUAUUUAGAUUUUUGUGAUUUUAUACACAUUUUACUCUUUAUCAGCUAACUGAAACUUAAGCAUUCCAGAAACUUAAAAUAUUUAGUCAACAUAGUAGAUUUACUUACAAUUUUUUGGAUUAUUUAUUAAGUGGUACUAUGAAGCUAUAGCUUGAUAUUUGUUAUAUAUAUAAAAACAGUAUUAAAAAGUCCUUUUUCAUGUUGUGUUAUUUUGGUCGAAAGCUUCCCUUUAAAUUCAUGAUUCUGAAGAUUCCAUUUCGGGGGUCUUUAGAUUUUUGUUUAUGGUAUAUUAUAUAUUGUUUUUAUUGUAAAUUGUCGUUUUCAAGCAUGUAUUUUAGACCUAUACUAUUCCUAAACGUACCUCUAAACGGCGCUUUGACAUUUUUGCUAGAAACCAUUUAUUGUUCAUACUAAAUAAUACAGUUUACAUAAAGAAAACGUCAUUUAUGUCAUACGACAUUUUCUUAUUAUGUAAAACAUCACAUCACAGUAUUUAGGAUGAGGUUAAGCAUUCUGGGACAAAGCAGGCUACAAAAAAAUGGAGCGUUUAGCUAGGACAAGCUUGGAAGUUUAAAAAUAGCAAAAAAGUCUUAUGACAAAAAUUGCGCGUAGAAAAAUUAUGCUUACUGACUUUAACAAAAAUAUUGUAGCUCCCCUCUAAACGCAUAUUUGUAUUUGUAGUAGGAUAAUUUGUAAUAUUUUCAGA